AAGAGGAGGACUCUUAACCGAUAAAAUGACAGAAGAUAAGAUCACCGGGACCUUGGUUUUCACUGUCUUCACUGCUGCACUGGGUUCCUUCCAGUUUGGAUAUGACAUUGGUGUGAUCAAUGCACCUCAAGAGGUAAUAAUAUCCCAUUAUGAAUACGUUUUGGGUAUUCCAGUGAAUGACCGAAAAGCUAUCAACAACUAUACUAUCAACAGUACAAAGGAACUGCCCACAGUCCCAUUCCUAGGAGAUUCAAUAACAACACCUUUGGUGGAGGAAGAGACUACAGCAUCUACUAGCCUCGUCACCAUGCUCUGGUCCUUGUCUGUGUCUAGCUUUGCAGUUGGUGGAAUGAUUGCAUCAUUUUUUGGUGGGUGGCUAGGGGAUCGGCUUGGAAGAAUCAAAGCCAUGUUGGUAGCAAACAUUCUCUCAUUAGUUGGAGCUCUCUUGAUGGGGUUUUCAAAACUGGGACCAUCUCACAUUCUUAUAAUUUCAGGAAGAAGCAUAUCAGGACUCUACUGUGGACUAAUUUCAGGCUUGGUUCCAAUGUACAUUGGUGAAAUUGCUCCAACCACACUCAGGGGUGCUCUUGGCACACUUCACCAGCUGGCCAUUGUCACGGGCAUUCUUAUUAGUCAGAUUGUUGGCCUCAACUUUAUCCUGGGCAAUCAUGAGCGGUGGCAUAUCCUGCUUGGUUUGUCUGCUGUGCGAGCCAUCAUCCAGUCUCUGCUGCUCUUCUUCUGUCCAGAAAGCCCCAGGUACCUUUACAUCAAGUUGGAUGAAGAAGUCAAAGCAAAGAAAAGCCUGAAAAGACUCAGAGGAGGUAUUGAUGUCACCAAAGACAUCAAUGAGAUGAGAAAGGAAAAGGAAGAAGCAUCCAGUGAACAGAAAGUCUCCAUAAUUCAGCUCUUCACCAACUCUAGCUACCGACAGCCUAUUCUAGUUGCACUGAUGCUGCAUGUGGCUCAGCAAUUUUCUGGAAUCAAUGGGAUCUUUUACUACUCAACCAGCAUUUUUCAGACAGCUGGAAUCAGCCAACCUGUUUAUGCAACCAUUGGAGUUGGUGCCAUCAACAUGGUUUUCACUGCUCUUUCUGUAUUCCUUGUGGAGAAGGCAGGGCGACGCUCUCUGUUUCUAAUAGGAAUGAGUGGGAUGUUUGUCUGUGCCAUCUUCAUGUCUGUGGGACUUAUAUUACUGGAUAAACUGGCGUGGAUGAGUUAUGUAAGCAUGGUAGCCAUCUUCCUCUUUGUCAGUUUCUUCGAGAUUGGGCCUGGCCCCAUCCCCUGGUUCAUGGUGGCAGAGUUCUUCAGUCAAGGACCCCGGCCUGCUGCUUUAGCAAUAGCUGCAUUUAGCAACUGGACCUGCAAUUUCAUUGUAGCUCUGUGUUUCCAGUACAUUGCGAACUUCUGUGGACCUUAUGUGUUUUUCCUCUUUGCUGGAGUGGUCCUGGCCUUUACUCUGUUUACAUUUUUCAAAGUCCCAGAAACCAAAGGAAAGUCCUUCGAGGAAAUCGCAGCAGAAUUCCGAAAGAAGAGUAGCUCGGCCCAAGCGCCCAAAGCUGCUGUGGAAAUGGAAUUCCUUGGAGCUACAGAGACUGUGUAAAGAUAACCUGCUUUUUUGACAAGAACAGAAACAGGAAGGAAGUUGUGUGUUUUUAAUUGACGAUUCUUUGAGAAUUUUAUAUCUACGUCUUGAAGUAUUAUUUUAUUUUUUAGAGAGUUUUUAUGGGCUUUUCUCAGAAAUGUCAUCCAAAAUUACC